AUGUCUCACUCAGGCGCUCAGGGUAGCAUUGGCAGCCACUCUGCCAUUGGUCUGCACAAUCACAAGGUUUACCUCUAUGAGUUUGAGAACUUCCAAGGCCGUAGGAUGGAUCUGUUCGCAGAGAACCGCAACCUGAUGGAGAAGGGUUUCGAGAGGAUCGGCUCCAUCAGGGUGGAGAAGGGACCUUGGGUGGGUUAUGAGCAGCAGAACAUGACUGGUGAGAUGUUCAUGCUGGAGAAGGGAGAGUACCCCCGCUGGAACACCUGGUCCAACAGCUACAGGUGCGACCGCUUCAUGUCCAUCAGGCCCGUCAGGAUGGAUCCCCAGGACCACAAGAUCUGCCUGUACGAGUGCCCCAACUUCGAGGGUCGUAAGAUGGAGGUGUGCGAUGAGGAUAUUCCCAGCCUGUGGUCUUACGGCUUCCAGGAUCGCGUUGCCAGCAUUCAGGUCUCCGGUGGAACCUGGGUGGGCUACCAGUACCCUGGCUACCGUGGAUACCAGUAUGUGUUUGAGAUGGGACCUAUGAAGCACUGGAACGAGUGGGGAGCCCAACAGCCCCAGAUCCAGUCCAUCCGCAGGGUGAGGGACAUGCAGACGCACCGCAGGGGCUGCUUCGAGAUGACCGCAUAG